AUGACACAAACAGGCAGACCAACUCUUCCGAAUUCAGAGUGGCCGAAAACAUCAAGAGGACUCUAAAACACAAAGAAAAACAACAUUGGGGUGCUGCAAAGGGAAGAGCUGGAGGACACUACCAAGAUGGAGGAAUGUGAGAAUCUGGACUCAGAGAUGACAGAGCUGCGGGAGUUUGAGUGUGGGGCUUCAGAGGCCAUCAGCCAGGACGACGAAGACGAGGUGGAGGAACUGCGAAACAGUCUGCGAGAGGUUGUCCAAGACCAGUCAGUGAAGCCCAAACUCCAGUGCCUGAUGGUCGAUCCAUCAUUCUCCAUGGUAACAGUUCAGAGCGAGGACAGUGGUAUUGUUUGGGAGACGGCCUCUAGCCGCUGCUCUACUCCUUGGGCCUCUGAGACGAGCUCCAUCUCUGAAGCUUACAGCAUGGAGGGCUCUGGAGCCGCAGGAAAGGUCACCAUCGUCUUUGAUGAGGAGAAAAUAGUCCGCAGGAGGACAAGGUCUGGAGGAAGGAACAGCAGGUUGGGGGACAGGCUGAGCCGACCUGGUAGCUCAAGAUCAGCUUCAGCUCUGGGAGUGGAGAGACCGGAGAUGGCAGAGGUGUCUCUCCCCAACGUACAACAGGAGAAAACCGAGCCGGACUUGGAGGAAAUCAAAAACAAAGAUCAGCAACUGUUUAGUUUGAUUUCAGACGGUUAUGAGAUUCUCAACAUCAGGGUCCCCUCCAAACUUCCCACUGUGGAUGAGGAGGAGAGCACGGAGCUGCAGGACAAUUUGUCUUAUCUGGACCAGACUCCAAAGAUCAAGUCCCGCAACCACCAUGACCGGACACGGCAAAAGAAUCAUGUCCUGCCUGAGGAAGGGGAAAUACUGGAUCACCAAGAGACCUCAAAGCAAGACUCUUUCCACCCACCAGCAGAAACAGAGUCCGAACACACACUCACUCAGAAAGAGAGCACCAGUGACAUCGACUACUUUGAGAAGUUUACCCUUUUGGAUGAGGCUGUCCCUGGAGAACAAGCUCCAGAGCUUCAGGAAGAGGCAGAGCAGCCUGCAGUGAAACCCCAAGCAGAGGAGCAAAAGCCUGCUAAAGAGACAGCCACAGACAGCCCCUCUGCAUCAGAAGACUCUUUUGUCUUUGUUACAGAUGUGGACAUAGUCGGGGAACACCUGGAUGAGGUCUUCUACGGAGAAGGAGCUCCUGCUGAUGCACCGCAGCGAAGAGACGAUGACGAGGCGGAGGGUGGAGCCAGGGUGAGAACGAGACAAGAGAGCCAGAGAUCGAUGAAGGAGAGCGGUUCCGUGUUGUUUGGGAGUGAGGAGACCAUUCUCACACCCAUCUAUAUCUCCCCUGGACCCCCAAAGAUCAUUGACCCCAUCCUCCUGGAGGAGCCCACCGCCAUGUCCUUCAUGUACUCUGACCUUUACGAGGAUGCCAUGGGCGAGAGGAGGAGGAGUGACGAGGAAUACUCAGAGGCAGAGAGCGUGGCAUCUGAGAAGUCUUUUAAGAGACGUUUGUCAGAUCCAGAGGAGGCGGACGGGUACCUGGAGAAGUUUAUUUUGAAAGAUGAAACUCCCACAGUAGAGGUUCAACCGGAGUCAGAGGAGGACAAGAUGGAGGGGAGGAUGGUGUGGUCACAGAGUAAGUUUGAAAUGACAGGAUGUCUUACAAGGGUGGUCAAAGAAGAAGAUGAGGACAAGACAAAGACAGAGGAACCAAAGAUACAGGAGGUCAGGAGUGAGGAUGUACAAUCAGCAACAUUUGAACAGAAAAGAGAAAUAGCUUCACAAACAGAAAAAGAGAGGGGGGACAUACAACUCUCCACGGUCACUGAAGAGCAGGUUGCCAGAGAAGCCUCAGAAGAAUCAAUUCAGGAGUCUAAACUGAUCGAGGAUCAGAUCGAGGGUCAGGAAGUGAAACAUGAUCUAAAAAGAGACCAGACUGCGCCUCCUGAGAGCAGCACUGAUGAACCACUUCCUCAAACUCAACAGGUGGACAGAAAAGUAAAGGAAACAGAGAGAGAAAGUGAGAGAGAGAGAAGAGAGAAAGAAGAGCAAAAAAGUGAGCAACGCAUUACUGAAACCAAGCGGCCAUGUCAGACACAAAAAGUGGCAGAAAAAACAGCUGAAUUGCAUGUGGAGACAGAAAUAAAAGGUCCUGUAAGCAGUGAGGCGCCACAGAUGGACAUUAAAUUAGAAAUUAAAAGAGGAACCACUGAGAAGAGUUCAUCUGAAGCAGCAGCCACUAAUACUGCGAUGGUGGCUGCUGAUGAGAAGGUGGUGACUGAGGCCAAACAAGGGUCCUCAGCUGAAGUCAAAGAACCUGAGCCUGCAAGACAGGAGAUGCUCACCAUGACUGAACCCUCAGGUGAAAUAGAGGCAUCAGCUGAAAUAUCACUGUGCGAGGAAAAACCAGCAGCAGCAGUCAUUCCUGAAGAUGUUGCACCUAUUGAGGUCAUCACCGACUGUGAUUGUGCAGUACAUGCAGUGGUGGAGGUGAUGGAAAAAACAGUGAAUGAAAGAGAGAUUCAGACCGAAGUUCAGAUUGAUCUGCAGGAGCUGACAAGUGUUGAGACAACAGAUGUUCAAACAGCAGCUCCUGAAGGAGGAAAACAACACAAAACUCUGACUGGGGAAACUGCAGCUGAGAGCCAGCAGCCUGAAUCUAUUACUGAAGCUGAUCAGGAGUCAGAGGUUAAAACCAACAUUUCAAGGGAAGUAAGCAAACCUGUGAUAUCAGAGAAUGCCAAGACAGAUUCAGAUGUGAAACACCUUGAAAUCCUUGAAUCCCUGCAGCAUCAACAAGACGAGUCACUAACUGAUAGAGAGUCAGACAAAACAAAGCUGAUAACUGAGGUCAAAGCUAAAACACCCACAGAGGACACUGGGACUGUUGUUCAGGAGAUGGUGACUGUUGGUGAUGAGUUAAUCCUCCUCGUUCCCAAAGGACAAGCUGUGGAGAUGGACAUAGACAUUGGUCAGUGGUCAGACAAGACCACAGGCGAUGCACAGGUUCUCCCUGAACCUGAUAGCACAUGUGAACAUCUCAUAGCACCUGAAGACAAACCGGCACCGAUGGAAGAAACAAAGACAGAGCCUCAAUUGGAAGUAGAGCCAGAAGUUGCUGUAGAGGUAGAAGAAAAACCCAGACAUGUCCCAGACAGGCAGUAUUCCCCCCCUGCACCUGUGGAGGAGGCCCACACAGAGGAUAAGAAGGAGGAGGACUUAGAAGGACAUGAAGGUGUCUUUUCCCCUCUGAGGAGCUUUAGUCCCCAGGAGGAUUUAUCUGGGCUGCACAGAGAGGAUUUACUAUCAGAAGAAGCAGAUGUAGAACAAGAGGUGGAGAUGAACAAGGUGGAGGAUGCCACAGAAGCAACUGGUAUUAAAGGGGAUGUAGGUCAAGAUAUUGAUGUGCACAGAGAGGAUAUAGGGCAAAAGAUGGAGCAAGAUGAGGUGAUCACAGAGGCUCCAGAAGUGCCUGCUGAGGAGCUUGAAUAUGAGAUAAUAUCUAAACAGGAUGCAGAAGAGAUGCCACAACCUGAAAUACAGAGAGAUGCAGAGGAAUCAAGGCCUGAGUCUGGUCAGGACAGAGAAGAAAGGAUGGAGGUGGAGAUGGAGGUGGAGGCGAAAGUGUUUGAUCUGUCCCCAGAAGAGGAGCUGAUUGAGGCUGACUAUGAAAUCAUUGAUGCAGAGGAAGAGAGUCAGGCCCGACUGGCUGCUGAGCUGCAGGGGAUGGACUGGUUCUGUCUCACCUGUGGAUGUCUACUGUCAGAGGACGACUGUGUGUCCGGAGAGCACCACAUCCACAAGGUGACUGCUGUGGACAAGGCCUACGAGGAAAUCAAGGAGAAGCUGAGUGACUGGAUCUCAGAGCUUCAGGGGAGGUCAGAGAACAUUGAGGACCUGGUGUCUGAACUGGAGCUGGCCUACAACUCUGUAGAGGACCAGUGUGUGGAGAGCGAGGCAGCGAUGCAGGCCCAGAACGAGGAGAUGAUGGCUCUGGUGAUGGAGCAGUACAACAGCAUGUCCGUCAGCAUGGAGGAGGAGAAGAAGGCCAAGCUGGAGCAGCUGUAUGACCAGAUUGUCUCCUUCCAGGAGAGCAUUGAUUCUGCCAAGGCCACCCUAGAGACCACAGCCAGAGAGGCGGAGACUGAUGCACGGUCACCUGAAGACAUUCAUGCAAGACUCAAGGCAGCUCUGGACUCAGCCAUGUCACUGGAGCUGGGUCCCAAGGGACUGCUGGUGUUCGAGGACUAUGCCAAGGGCAACACUUCCAGCUCACACCUCGCACAGCGCAAGGGAAUCCCAGUGCCCCAGAGGCCCACGCUGCAGCCCCAGGAACCAGGCUCAGCCACCAGCACCAGUGUCACUGUUUACUGGAAAGUCAACCCCGGAGAUAUCAUAGACUGCUUCCAGGUCUACUGCAUGGAGGAUCCACAAGGAGCUGUGUCGGAGGAGUACCGUGUGACAGUGAAGGAGAGUUACUGUGUCUUGGAGGAGCUGGAGCCUGACAAGACGUACAAGGUGUGGGUGAUGGCUGUCAAUUAUACAGGCUGCUCUCUACCCAGUGAGAGACUCACCUUCAAAACUGCUCCAGCAGUGCCAGUGAUUGACACAGAGCGCUGCACUGUCAUGUGGGAUUCGUCCACACUGAGGUGGCGAAAACAGACCCCCGGACAGAGUUACACCUUGGAGUACUGCCGUCAGUAUGAACUGGAAGGAGAGGGGCUCAGAUCCAUCUCAGGUAUCAAAAGCUGUGAACAGCGGGUUCUCCUGCAGCCCAAUGAGAAUUACCUGUUUUAUAUCAAAGCUGUGAAUGAGGCUGGAGCCAGCGAACAGAGCGAGGCUGCACUCAUUUCCACAAAAGGGACGAGGUUCCACCUGCUGAAAGCUUCAGCUCACCCCUCUUUGGAGCUGUCCAUGGACCAGACCACUGUGCACUAUUCCCUGGACACACAUGAAAACACACCACUCACAGACAAACAGUGUCCAUCCAUCCUGGGCGAAGUGUUGCCGGCACGAGGACACUACUACUGGGAGACGAUUGUGUCAGGAAGUACAGCUUACAGACUUGGAGUGGCCUACAGCACAGCCAAUAGAGACAGCUCACUGGGGGAAAACAACCUGUCAUGGUGUUUGCAGUGUAUUCCAACACCAUCAGGUUGCAGGUAUCAGUUGCUUCACAAUGACGUCCAGUCCAGUGUGUUUGUGUUUGAGAUGCCCGAGUGUGUAGGUACUCUUCUGGAUUACCAGCUCGGUCGUCUAUCUUUCUACAAUGCCCAAAGUGGUCAGUUGUUAGGUACCUUCAGCCACCGCUUCACCCAGCCAUGCCACCCUGCUCUGGCCCUGGAGAUGCCGGGCAGCCUGGAGGUCAGCAUGGUGCUGGAGGUGCCGCAGUUUACCAAGGACAGAUAACUCUGCUACCUGCCUUAAACACUGAAGAGUUUACAGUUCAUGUUGGACAUUUGUUAAUUUGAAUUAUCUUACUUUAUAGUGAUUACAGUGACCACUGUUGUAUUACAAAGAGAGCAAUAUACCAAUAUCCACCGUAAAGGCGGGAGACACAGUUGGGUCCCAUUUGUUUAAAGAGACCUCACUGAUGGGUUUGUGUGUUUUUAGUAAAAAAAAAAAAAACUUGAUCAGUGUAGAGCUCAAUUUU